CAUCAUCCUAAUUUAUUUAAAUAGUCGCAUCCGCAUCACUUUUUUAACCCUAAAAUUGCACUCCUUUCAACUCAAGUAUAUUUUUAGUAUCUGUCUUCAAAGUUACACCUUCUAAAUGAAUUUGUUUUAAUAAGAGUCCUCUAAUCUGCUCUGGUCAAUAACUACAAAAACCACAACACCAAAAUAUUAUCAAUUUUUUCAAAACACUUAAUCACUGAUCAUCAGUAUGACAGUCAGAGGAAAUGGCAGUAGAGAUCUUGCACUGCUGAUGUUAAAAUCAUUACCAAGAGUAUGUUUGGGAAAUUUACGAGCUAAUCCCGGUACAUUGAAAAAGAACAAAAGAGGAAGAGGUCAGCAUGGUGGUGAUAAACAUGGUGCGGGAAAUAAAGGUUCUGGUCAACGACAAAAUUAUAUGCAACUUGGAUACGAAACAGGGAAUAUGCCAUUUUAUCUUCGGUUUAGUUAUGAACCGUAUUAUAAAAAUCAUCAUUUGAGACGUCAAUAUCCUCCUCUGAGUUUGCUGCAACUGCAAAUGCUCAUUGAUACGAACCGCAUUGAUCCCUCAAAACCAAUAGAUCUUACAACUUUGUUGAACACUGGCGUAUACAGGAUUGACACGAGAAUGAAUCAUGCUGGAGUUCAACUUACCAUUGAUGGAGCCAAUAAUUUUAAAUCAAAAGUAAAUAUAGAGGUUCAAUGGACAACUGAGCCAGUAAUUGCCGCGAUUGAAAAAAUUGGAGGAACAAUAACGACAGCAUAUUAUGAUAAAGUCAGUUUAGAUUGCUUACGAAAUGCAAAAAAAUUUUUUAAAAAAGGUAGCCCAAUUCCUCGUAGAAUGUUACCGCCCAUGGAUGCUUUAGAAUAUUACAGCAGCGCCGCUAAUCGAGGAUAUUUAGCUGAUGCAGAACAAAUCGCGCAUGAAAGACUUGUUCUAUCGCAAAAGUACGGUUAUACUUUACCAAAGUUAGAAGAUGACCCUGAAUCGUCAAUGCUCACAAAACGUAAAAAUCCUCGACAGAUAUUUUAUGGUCUUACUCCAGGUUGGAUAGUAAGUUUAAAAGAUAACACUAUAUUGAAACCUACUUCUAGCUUUGUUAAAGAAUAUUAUAAUAAUUAACUUUACUUGUUGUAGAAAAGUAAAACUUUUGUUGGUAUCAUGAAAUAAAAAUCAUUUGUUUAAAUAAUAUGA